GUCGAGUCCGACCUGUUUUUGAAUAUCGAACACCAACCGUUGCAGUCAAAUCGCGUUGGCUAAUUUCAAAUAUAGAACGCUGUGAAGUUGAAGUUAUGGUGUGAAUUGAGUAAUGAAAAAGUCACCUGUGAAAAGUGAUACUAAACCAAACUAAAAUAGUGUAUUUAAAUAGAUUUCUUCGUCAAUUCAAGUGAGAGAUAAGAGAUAAAUACAGCAGAAAAGUGUAUUUGAUUUUGAUUUGAUAGUCUGGAAGACAGUUCAACAGAAGAAAUAUCAAUAUGAGAUAGGUAGACAGUGAAAUUCAUCUUUGUUGGUUGUCAGUUGUAUUUGUAGCUACAAAUUUAUGUAUGAAGAAAUAUUUAUAAGACUAUUUUUGGUGUAAUAGAAGAAUAGAAGUUAAUAUUCUGGUACUGUAUGUAUCCAAGCGAAAAAUAUUCGAAAAUAACUGUCAGUUGUGUAUAAUUAGACUAUAUAAAGAUAAAUAUGGCGGCAACAAGUAUGUCGACCCCUAUAAAUAGAAUAACACGAGAUAAUCUAACCGUGUUGAUAAGGAACAACGUCUUGGAUGACUCCGUGGAGUUCAUGUCCGAUAAUGAUAUGAUGGAAACAGAUUCGCCAGUGCGAACUGUCCGAAGCAAAAAUCUCCAGCCAAUCAGCAAAAAACUCUUCCACUCCCCUAUGCAAAACACAGAAGAUGAGAACCAAGUUACCAGGAGCCCAGAAACCAGAAGAAGACAUAGAAAGAGGAAGCAGCUCCUCAUACCUGAUGGGGGCGAGAGGUUUAAGAAGGCGUAUAUACAGUGUGAGGAGGGGUUCAGUGAGAAUUUGGGGGGGAUGAGGAAGAAGGUUUUGAUUAGUCUGUUUCAUAAUAAGGAGUAUUCUAUGGAUGUUGGGAUUUAGAUAAUAAAUAUAAAGGUCACCAUUUACUCUUAAAUCUGUCAAAGAGGAUACUUUGAAAAAACACUGAGGUUAUAAAAAAAAAGUUUCUGCCUGAAACUAAUUUGUGUCGAUUUGAAAAUUUGAAUGAAGAUUUGAAUAUUUCUUAACCUUCGAUAUAAGUAGCUAUUUUCUAUUUAUUAUGGUAAUAAAAUGUUCCUAUUUUGGCAAUUUACAUUAUUUUUAAGUGAAAUAAAAGUCUUGAAAGUUCUUCCGUUUAUUGUUUCUAAGUUUACUUUAAUA